UUAUAAUCCCACUCCUAAAGCAACCACAUUUUGCAGCACACAUUACCAUAAAAUAAGAUCAAUAGCCGACACACAUAAUCCACCUCCAUCCAACCAACAACCUACGUGUGAGUUUUUCUCAACUACCUAUUCAAAGUGUUGUGUUCUUCUAUCCUAUCUUCUGUUACACCAUCUAUCUACUCUCUAGUCCCACAACACUAUCCAGAUUGAGAAAUUCAUGUGAUGACAGAAAUCACAAAUCUAAGCUUAGACCUCAUUGAAUCCAUCCUAUCUUACCUCCCAAUCCCAACUUUGAUCCAAGCUUCAACAGUUUGCAAACUAUGGCACACAAUAAUCUCAUCAUCUUCCUUUUCUUCCCACCACAAACACCAACACAAACCAUGGUUUUUCCUCCAUGGUAUCCACAACAUCUCUUCCAAAAACAACCAAUCUUUUGCCUUUGACCCUUCUUCCAACUCUUGGUUCCUUCUUCCAACUCCUCAACAGCCUCUUCACUACCCCAACAACACUUCCUUCAUUGGCACUUCCUCUUUCUUCUUCAUCACGGCUCCUAACUUUGUCUACACUCCCAUUCUUCAUCCUCUCGUUUGGUAUUCUACUCCACCUCUUCGUUUUCCUAGAAUCAACCCUCUUUUGGGUGUUUUCAAUGAUGGGGGUUCUGUUAAGUUUAUUGUUGUGGGUGGUGUUAGGUUCAUUGGUAAUCUUGUUGAUAUAGAGGAUCGUUUGGAUGUUGAAAUCUAUGACCCUCUUUUGGGUUCUUGGGAUUUAGCUCCUCCUCUUCCUGCGGAUUUCAGAUCUGGAAACUCUUCCUCUUCACUGUCAUCUGCUUUGUUCAAAGGGAAAUUCUAUGUGUUUGGGAUAUAUUCAUGCUUUGUUUCUUCCUUUGAUUUGAAACUUGGUGUUUGGAGUGAUGUUAGGGUUGUUAGGCCUUCUGGGGUUGUGUUUUCUUACUUGAUUUCUUGUAGGGAAAGUCUUGUUUUGGCUGGGGUUUGUAAUUCACCAAGUGGGUCUAGCUUCACUUUGUGGGAGGUUGAUGAGAUGAGUAUGGAGGUUUGUGAGAUUUCUGUUAUGCCUAAUGAUUUGCUUUGUGGUCUUUUUGAUGGUGAUGAGGAUGAUAGAUUUGCUAGCUUGAAGUGUGUUGGGUUGGGUGAUCUUAUAUAUGUUUUCAAUGAGGAUUAUCAUAGGAUGUACCCGGCUUGUGUUUGCGAGAUUCGCGGUGGUGGUGGUGAGAAGAGUGAGUGUUAUUGGAGGAGGGUGCCUCAAUUGCCAUCAUUGAUGAAUAGGUUUCACAAAGUUGUUAGCUUUUGUUCAAGUGUUUCAUUGCAUAGUAUUCUGGGUGAAGGUCAACAACACCAUGGACUUCAUUAAGCUCGGCGAGCAAGAAAAGGGAAAGACUCAUUGCUAAAAGAAGAAUGAUUUGCUGAAGAAGUUAGUAUAUAGGUGCUGCUGCACAACUGCACCUAAGGCAUGUGCUGCAUUACUCAAAUAAGAUAAGAGCAGCUGUAAUAAAUAUGCAAUAAUUUAAUAACUAUAGAAUUUUCUAUGUAUUGUACUCCCUACAUUCCUAUUUAUAAGUAAAUUUUAACUUUCAUUGAAUAAAUGAUGUUUUUUAGACUAUAUAUAAGUUAGAUAUAUCAAUUAUUCAAUGUCUAAAAAGUUAAAAUUUGUUUAUAAAGAAUGGAUGGAGUAUUGUUUAGCUAUCAUAGAGCAUGGAUAAGUCCCUUUUUUCAUGUGAUAUUGGCAAUUGUGUGGUAUUUAAUAAUUCCAAAUGUAAAUAUAGUGGACCACAUUAAUGUGGAUUAUUCAAUUUAAUGUUAAUGUCAUUGGACCAGUUAGCCCUUGAACUGGUCACACGUGUUAGAA